AUGCAAAUUUUUGUUAAAACACUUACUGGUAAGACCAUUACCCUUGAGGUAGAAGGCUCAGAUACCAUUGAAAACGUUAAAACUAAAAUCCAAGACAAAGAAGGUAUCCCACCAGACCAACAACGUCUCAUUUUUGCUGGUAAACAAUUAGAAGAUGGUCGUACUCUUUCUCAUUGCAAUGAGUGCUUUUUUUAA